AAACAAGCGAAAAAGAAAAAAUGAUCACGCUAACAGAUUUCUAUCAUGUCAUGACCGCAAUGGUGCCACUUUACGUGGCUAUGAUAUUGGCUUAUGGUUCAGUGAAAUGGUGGAAAAUCUUCUCCCCUGAUCAAUGCUCUGGCAUCAACCGGUUUGUUGCACUGUUUGCAGUACCUCUCCUUUCUUUCCAUUUCAUAGCUUCUAACAAUCCUUACAAAAUGAACUUACGGUUCCUCGCCGCUGACACGCUUCAGAAGAUCAUCAUGUUAGUUGUUCUUGCCAUUUGGACGAACGUAAGCAAAAGGGGUUGCUUGGAAUGGACAAUAACACUGUUCUCUAUUUCCACCCUUCCAAACACGUUGGUGAUGGGUAUCCCUUUGCUCAAAGGGAUGUACGGUGAGUUCUCAGGGAGCCUAAUGGUCCAAAUUGUGGUCCUUCAGUGCAUCAUUUGGUACACGUUGAUGCUGUUCAUGUUUGAAUACAGAGGAGCCAGAAUGUUAAUCUCUGAGCAAUUCCCAGACACUGCUGGCACCAUUGUCUCUAUCCAUGUGGACUCUGAUGUCAUGUCACUGGAUGGAAGACAGCCCUUAGAAACCGAAGCUGAAAUCAAAGAAGAUGGGAAGCUUCAUGUCACUGUGAGAAAAUCCAAUGCUUCAAGAUCCGAUAUCUUCUCAAGAAGGUCUCAGGGUCUUUCUUCAACAACACCUCGCCCUUCAAACCUCACCAAUGCAGAGAUAUACUCUUUACAAUCCUCUCGGAACCCAACUCCAAGAGGCUCUAGUUUCAACCACACUGAUUUCUAUUCCAUGAUGGCUGGUGGUCGUAAUUCAAACUUUGGUGCCUCUGAUGUUUAUGGACUCUCAGCAUCAAGAGGACCAACACCGAGGCCAUCUAAUUACGAUGAAGAUGCUUCAGCGGGUGCUAAGCCAAGGUACCAUUAUCAUAGUGCUGGUACUGGUGGAACAGGAGGGCAUUACCCUGCACCUAACCCUGGGAUGUUCUCUCCCACUGCUUCCAAAAAUGUCACUGCAAAUGCAAAUGCAAAUGCAAAUGCCAAGAGGCCUAAUGGUCAAGUUCAAGCACAGCAGAAACCAGAUGAUGGGAAUAAGGACCUUCAUAUGUUUGUUUGGAGUUCAAGUGCUUCGCCAGUUUCAGAUGUGUUUGGUGCCCAUGAAUAUGGAGUUCAUGAUCAGAAAGAAGUAAAAUUGGCUGUAUCUCCCGGAAAAGGUUCUUUAAAAAAAAAAAAAAAAAAAAAAACUUACGCUCAAGAGGAGUACCUAGAGAAGGAAGAUUUCAGCUUCGGAAACAGAGGAAUAGACAGGGAAAUGAAUCACCAUGAAGCUGAGAAAGUUGGAAAUGGCAAGCCAAAAACCAUGCCUCCAACUAGUGUUAUGACAAGGCUUAUAUUGAUCAUGGUUUGGAGAAAACUAAUCAGAAACCCCAACACCUACUCCAGCCUAAUUGGCCUAACUUGGUCACUCGUUUCAUACAGGUGGAAUAUUGAAAUGCCUGCCAUAAUAGCCAAGUCUAUUUCCAUAUUGUCAGAUGCAGGACUUGGCAUGGCCAUGUUCAGUCUUGGACUGUUCAUGGCUUUGCAACCGAGGAUCAUAGCAUGUGGAAAUUCCGUAGCAGCUUUUUCUAUGGCUGUGAGAUUCCUUACAGGUCCAGCUGUCAUGGCAGCUGCUUCCAUUGCUGUUGGCCUCAGAGGUGUUCUCUUACACGUUGCCAUUGUUCAGGCAGCUCUUCCACAAGGAAUUGUCCCAUUUGUAUUUGCUAAGGAAUACAAUGUGCAUCCUGAUAUUCUCAGCACAGGUGUUAUUUUUGGGAUGUUGAUUGCAUUGCCCAUAACGCUCGUGUACUACAUCUUGCUUGGGCUAUGAAUGACUGAAAAGAUGGAUGGGUGAUACUGAAGAUUACAUGUGGCAUCCAUGCAAGCUCGUUUGAGACUACUCCUAGAGCACGAGAAAAAAAAAAAGGUUCAAUGAAAUAGAAAAGCAUCGCCAUAAUUGAAUAGGAGGAAUCAACGGAUGAGUUUUUAUUUUUAU